AUGGAUAAUGACAAUGGCGAUGUGGAUGACCUGGGAUCAGGGUGGUUUGAAGUGAAAAAGAAGCAUCGGUCCAGCUCAAAAUACACAUUGCAGAGGUCUUCAGGUGGUUCCAGCCAUAAAAUUCCAAACUUACCAUCACGGUCACGUGCUAACUGUAACAGUGACAGUUCAAGGUGGCAUGGCAAGCCGCAACACCCACCUCCGAGCAUAAAUGCUAAUGUUGGUGUUGAUGAAUCUGGUAGUGGAGAAACAACAAAUGUUGGUGAAGGAUGCAAUGAUUUCGGCACUAGUGUCAGUGGCCUGAAUAGUGGCUUAAAUGCUUCAGCCUCAGAGGAUAUAGUUGAAAGACCUGAAGAACUGGUGGUGGCUGAAGAAACAAGUGAACCUCCCAAAACUGAUCUGGCUGAUCAUGUAGAUCCUUCACUGCCUCAUGAACCCACCACCGGUUCAGACAGUCCUGCAAAACGUGCAGAUCUUUCUCAGCAUGUAAAAUGUUCUCCCAAAACAGAGUCAGUAGGUGUUUUGUCCAAUACUCCUGUCAAGUUUGGAGACUUUGAUGAAGUUCCAGGUCUAUCAUUACCUUCAGAUUCAUUCAGAGAUAAUAAUUCUUCUAGAGGCCACAGACAUAGUGAAGAUGUUGCACAUCUAAAAAAUGUGCAAAAAGAUGCAAGUGAACUCAAAGUGGAGAUGGAUACUUGUACUACAACUACAAUUGAUGAGACAUCUCCAAUUAUGGUACAGGGAACAGAGACACCCAAUGAUGAUAAGAGUAUUUCAAAUGUUAAUGGUUCAACAGCCUCAGCUGACUCUGUUUCCCUAUCCUGCUCCAAUAAUGAUCAUGAAGUUCCAGUUACAUCUUCCAUGGAAGGUAGAACAUUACUUCAUGACCAAGCACCAGUUUCUGCUUCUGCGUAUUUUGGAUCUGAAACUGCUGAGAGCAAAGAAAGAUUCAGGCAGAGGCUAUGGUGUUUUCUUUUUGAGAAUCUGAAUAGGGCUGUUGAUGAACUUUACCUCCUCUGUGAACUAGAAUGUGACAUGGAACAGAUUAAUGAAUCCAUACUUGUCCUUGAAGAAGCUAUUUCCGAUUUUCAAGAACUUAAAUCGAGAGCAGAGCAUUUUGAUAAUACCAAAAAAUCUCCUGGUGUACCAAAGGAGGGCAUGCCAAUGGCUGUGAAAGCUGACCAUAGGAGACCUCAUGCCUUGUCUUGGGAGGUCAGAAGGAUGACAAGUUCUCCACACAGGCAAGAAAUACUGUCUUCAUCUCUAGAGGCCUUCCAGAGAAUCCAAUUGGAACUGGCAUGCAAGCAGGCUGGUAUAACAGCAGAGAGAUUUACAUCCAGCUCUUCUGAAGAAGUUUUGAGUAGCUCGUCAAAGCUGACUACAGCAUCAGCAACUGUUAGGAAUAUAAGUUUGAAAGUUGAGAGUCAGGUGAAACUUCCUGAUACUAGUGAGAAAAAGAUUGCUGGCGAGAAGCUAAGUAGGGAUGCAUUCAAGUCUGGUAAAUCGUAUCCACAAAGUAUGCCUUCCUAUUCUGCAAGGAGUAGAAGAGGGUCACUAGAACCAAUAUCUGAAAUAGAGAAACACACCUUUAAGAAGGACAGGGAGUUGCCAGAAAACAAAUUUGACAGGCUCAAGUCAACCGAUGUUGUUAAAAAGAGUACAGUUCAUCUUGAAAAGGAAAAACAAAUUACAGCACCUUGGAAGUCCAUGGAUGCCUGGAAGGAGAAAAGAAACUGGGAAGAUAUACUGAAAUCUCCUGUACGGAGUUCUCGUGUUUCUCAUUCUCCUGGUGUUGGAAGAAAAGUUACAGACCGUGCUCGUGUUCUACAUGACAAGUUGAUGUCUCCUGAAAAGAAAAAAAGAAGUGCUUUGGAUAUGAAAAAAGAAGCAGAAGAAAAGCAUGCCCGAGCACUGCGAAUCAGGAGUCAACUAGAGAGCGAGAGGGUUCAGAGGCUACAGCGCACCUCUGAAAAGUUGCAUCGUGUCAAUGAGUGGCAGGCUGUUGCAAAAAGAGCUGGUGAUGAGAGUACUAAGGUCAAUGAGGUCCGUUUUAUUACGUCACUGAAUGAAGAAAACAAGAAAUUCUUGCUGAGGCAGAAACUUCAUGACUCUGAAAUGCGGAGAGCUGAAAAGCUACAGGUGAUCAAAACAAAGCAAAAGGAGGACACUGCAAGGGAAGAAGCUGUUUUGGAACGAAGAAAGUUCCUGGAAGCUGAGAAGAUGCAGCGCCUUGCUGAAAUACAGCGCAAGAAAGAAGAAGCUAUUUUCAGAAGAGAAGAGGAGCGCAAAGCAUCUAGUGCUGCACGAGAAGCAAGGGCUGCAGAACAACAACGUCGAAAAGAGAUAAGAGCAAAAGCGCAACAAGAGGAAGCUGAACUUUUAGCCCAAAAGUUAGCUGAAAAGCUUCGUGAAAGUGAGCAGCGGCGCAAGUAUUACCUAGAACAAAUACGGGAGCGAGCCUCAAUGGAUCUUAGGGAUCAGCCUUCACCUUUUCAGCGUCGCUUUCCAAGUAAAGAUGGCCAAAACCGUUCUAGUUCUGCUAACAGCGGAGAAGAUUCACAGACAACUGGCAAUUCCAGCGCUGCAGAUUCUAUGGCUAAGUCAUCAAAUAAUGUGCUGACAAAACGAAGGAUUAAAAAGAUUCGCCAGAGAUUAAUGGCUCUAAAGCAUGAAUUUAUUGAACCAUCCAUAGGUGAAAGUACAGGAAUCACGCACAGGGCUGCUCUUGGAGCUGCCAAAGCUAAGCUAAGUAGAUGGCUUCAAGACCUUCAGAGACUUCGCCAAGCUAGAAAAGAAGGUGCUGCCAGUAUUGGUUUGAUUGUCAGUGACAUAACAAAGUAUUUAGAAGGGAAGGAUCUUGAGCUGCAUGCAUCAAGACAAGUUGGUUUGCUUGACUUCAUUGCGUCCGCAUUACCUGCAUCACAUACUUCAAAGCCUGGAGCUUGUCAAGUCACUGUCUACCUUUUGCGCCUGUUGAGAGUGUUGCUCUCACUUCCAGCUAAUCGAACUUAUUUUCUAGUACAAAAUCUUUUACCCCCAAUUAUUCCCAUGCUAUCAGCAUCACUGGAGAAUUAUAUUAAGGUUGCAGCAUCCAACUCUGGAAGUUCAAAUCUUCUGUCUAAUAAAACAUCAAUUGAGAAUACAGAGUCAUCAGGUGAAGUGUUAGAUGGAUUUUUAUGGACUGUGACCAUGAUCGUUGGCCAUGUACACAUCAAUGAUGAACAACUUCAAAUGCAGGGAGGUUUGAUAGAACUGAUUGUAGCUUAUCAAAUAAUACAUCGUCUGAGAGAUCUGUUUGCCCUUUAUGAUAGGCCACAGGUGGAAGGAUCCGCACUCCCAUCAUCUAUACUGUUUGGUCUCAACCUUUUGUCUGUCUUAACAUCGAAACCCGGAAAUUUGUCUACUAUUGAUUGGGAGUCCUGCAAAUGCAGGACACUAGGUGGAAAUAUAGUGCAAGAAUAUGAAUAUCUUAGUUCACAGGACAGUGUGGGGUGCCAAUCAAUGACACUUGAUCAAUCUGGUGAUGCCAAAUCGCCAACCAUAUACAGUGAACUGGCUGAAGAUAGCAAAUCCUGUAGACAACAUGACUUUAGCAUUCCAGUGGACAGAAAAUUGGUUGAUGAAGCUAGUAAAGACUUAUUAGUGAUCUCUGCUGGCCUGAACAACUCAGCAAUGCAACCAUCUGAUUUGGGCGUUACUACAAAGAAGCAUUCUGAAAGUCCUAGCCAGGGAGAUGAAAAUAGCACAGUGGACAGUUUUCUUGAAGGAAGAAAGGUGAAUAAUGUAUGUGCAUUGUAUCAUAGUCCUCGAAAAGGCAAUGAGACGAAUCUUAAGCAGCCUGUAACGCUCUUACUUUCUGCAAUGGCUGAGACUGGCCUUGUUAGUCUACCAUCACUUUUGACUGCUGUGUUGCUCCAGGCAAACAACAACAGGUCAUCAUCGGAACAGCACAUGCUGGCUAGAUCAGAUCUGAAGAUGGAGUUCUUCCAUUUAAUCAGCUUCCUUCUGAGUCAUUGCAUGAACAAAUGGAGAGUGCCAAACGAUCAGGUUGGUUUGCUGCUUCUAGAGUCACUGCUACUUCUUGGCUACUUUUCUUUGUUCCAUGCUGGGAACCAAGCUGUUCUUCGGUGGGGAAAGAGUCCCACCAUACUUCACAAGAUUCCAUUGCUGUGGAUGGUUCUGGAAACAAUUCCAAUGAAAGCAUUCUGGAGAUCAGGAACUCAAGAAGGUGACAUCCCAACAAGGAUAAGCCGCAAAAUUGACGGCCAGUUGUUGGGAAGGGUAUUUCAGGGGGCAUCAGGUUCAACAGAAAUAAGGUUCAAAAGGAUGGUAGGGGAACAAGAGCAGUUGACGAUGGGCCUCUGA